AUGACGCUGAUGCGGUGCGCGCCGCUAUCGAUCGGCGCUAGUGGCGCCGCGGCGCGGGAAGCGCACACACGGCCGUCGGCAGCCGCCCGUUCAGUACGUCCGCAUAGUACGCUCUGCGCCAUUGCAUCCGUCGCCGCUCGCGUUCCGCCACGCCGUGCUCUAGCAACGGGCGCGUUUCCCGCGGCAGGUGAGCAUCGGGCAAACGUCGCGGGCCCGCUGCAGCGCUCCCGACGCGCCCAACUGCCGACGAUUCGCAGCGCUGAUCCUGAUUGCGUCGCUUCCACCGGCAUCUUGGAUAGAACACAGUGCAAAUCAAUUCGUAUUGGAAGUGGACGCUAUGAUUGGAAGAAAUUCGUUGGCAUCGUUCUCGAUGACAUAGAGAUUGUAAAU